GAUUGUGGGAAGCGUCUGGUUGCAGGCGCACCGCGGGCGUCAUGCUUGGAAAUGGCAAGGAAGUUGAUUUCAGUGGAAGUUCUGGACAUUUUGCAGGAGGAAACCAGCAGGUUGCAAGAAGGCCGGAGCAACUUCCAACCAUCUACGAAAGGGCGGCGAGGCUUGGGGGGGAGCAGCCUUUGAGGUGGCUUCUUGGGGAAAAGAAACCUUUCUGAUGCUUUUUAAAAAGAUUUUAGAGACAAAGCCGGUUUCGUUUGGUGGAAGGAAAAGCAGCAUCAACUAAUGUUGGUCGCAAGUAGACGGAGCACAGAAGGAUCUGAUUGACCAGACUUUGCCCCUGACCUUUCUGAUUUAGCUUCAAACUGUCUUAAGGGGUCUGGACACAUAUGGCAUCGUCAGCGUUUCUGGCUACGCAGCCGGCAGGGUCGUUGGCCGCUGGCUUCCAUAGAGGGAAGUUUGCAGCAGCCAACGUGCUUCAAGAUCUUCAAAGGCUUGAUCUCCGGACGCCUCUCCACUCUCUCCGCCCUCACAGAGGCCCCCAUGCGCACCCUUCAGCGCCAGUUCCUUUCCAAACCGAAUCCCUUAUUAGCUGCCAGUCCGCAUCUAGUGGUAAUGGUGCAGUUACAGCGCAGGAAAGUAGGUCUGAAUCAACAGACAAUGGGGCGGCAGUGCCUGUGCUUGAGCCCGGCAAAGUUGGGGAAAGGCUCGCCGAUGCGCCGGCAAACGGAACGCCAACCUUCAAAGCCAGGGUUUUGGAGCCUGAGGAGCUCUUCUUUGUGAGCGAGGCAGAUGGGACUGAUCUGGACCAACCGACGCCCGGGUUUGACAGCAUCAAGGAAGCAGUCGAGGCAAUCCGGCAAGGGAAGUUUGUGUUGGUGGUCGAUGAUGAGAACCGCGAGAACGAGGGUGACCUCAUCAUGGCGGCCUCGCACACGACCCCUGAAGAUAUUGCCUUCAUGCUCAAGCACACGACGGGCUACAUCUGCGUGGGGAUGAAAGGGGAUAUGCUGGACCGAUUGGAGCUGCCACUGAUGGUCAAGCCGGAGGAGAACGAAGAGGUGGAGCGGACAGCUUUCACUGUGACGGUGGAUGCAAAGCAGAACACGUCCACCGGCAUCUCUGCCUCCGACCGCGCAAACACGCUCAGGGCCCUGUGUGACCCCGACUCAAAACCAGAGCACUUCCGGCGGCCGGGACACAUUCUACCGCUGCGGUAUCGGGAAGGGGGGGUCCUCAAGCGGGCGGGCCACACGGAGGCGGCGGUGGACUUGGCGGACCUUGCGGGGCUGCCUCCCGCCGGCGCGCUGUGCGAGGUGGUCACGGCGGACAAACUAGGCAUGGCGCGCCUCCCGGAGCUCAAGGCGCUUGCGGCCAAGGAAAACCUGCCCCUUAUUUCCAUCUCAGACCUGGUUCGGUACAAGCGGAAACGGGAGCAGCUCGUUGUGCGCACCGCAGUCGCGCGGCUGCCGACCGAGUUCGGACGGUUUCAGGCGUAUGCGUACCGGUCCAAGAUCGAUGGCAUCGAGCACACGGCGAUCGUGAAGGGUGACAUUGGGGACGGGCUGAACGUGCUGGUGCGAGUGCACAGCGAGUGCCUCACGGGCGACAUCUUUGCGAGCCGGCGAUGCGAUUGUGGCAAUCAGUUGCAUCUAGCGCUGCGGAAGAUUGAGGAGGCGGGCCGGGGCGUGGUGGUAUACUUGCGGGGUCAGGAGGGGCGGGGAAUUGGGUUAGGCCACAAACUGCUGGCGUAUAAUCUGCAAGAUAAGGGCAGGGACACCGUGGAAGCGAACGUGGAUCUGGGGCUGCCCAUCGACUCUCGAGAAUAUGGAGUCGGCGCGCAUAUACUGCGAGACAUCGGCGUCCGUACGAUGAGGUUGAUGACGAACAAUCCUGCUAAGUUCCAGGGACUUCGGGGUUAUGGCCUUGCGAUCACUGAACGAGUUCCAGUCACGGGACCCAUCAACGCUGACAACGAGCGGUACAUGACGACUAAAAGGAUAAAGAUGGGCCAUUUCUAUGGAGAGUCAAAAAGCCUAGAAUCCCAAAUCCAGCGACUUGCGCAAUACAACAGUGACGAUGAGAGUUUAAACCCGCCUUCCUAAAGACAUAGGUAACCAUGGUUUGCCGCACCGCUUGCAUAGUCAUUGUUUUUGCACAAGCUUUGUCGGACAUGAGUAGUCAGUACUUUCUUGGUAUUCAAGGUAAACUUUCACAUUCGAGAGUGUUUUCAGUCAGUAUUCGUUAGGAAGAGGUCUCGGAGAGGACGUAGCAAUGCGAGAAGUUGCAACGAGCUUGACAGCUCUAUGAACAUAGAUACAUUAUUUGAGUACAGUGACGGGCACAGUUGGUCUUCACCGAUGAACCUCAUUAAGUGCCCAAGCCGACAUGCCACAAGCAACUGG